AUGUACUCGGUUGAGUGGCAAAAGCGUGGCUUACCACAUGCGCACAUUCUGCUCUGGAUGUUCGACAAGAUCCGACCAGAUCAUAUUGAUUCGAUUAUUUCAGCCGAAAUACCAGAUAAGCAAACUGAUCCCGAGCUGCAUUCCAUUGUGACAACGAGCAUGAUCCAUGGCCCUUGCGGAGUCCACAACCCAGAGUCAGUAUGCAUGAAAAACGGAAACUGCACAAAACGAUUUCCCCGUCCGUUGACGGCUGAAACAAUCAGUGGAAACGAUGGAUAUCCAUUGUAUAGGCGUCGUUCUCCAGAUGAUAACGGCAAAUGGAUCGAAUUAAUGGUGAAACGUAACGAAACAAACGUAACAGUAAUCGUGGAUAACCGCUGGAUCGUUCCAUAUUGCCCGCUUUUGUCGAAAACGUUCUCAACGCAUUGCAAUGUUGAGUACUGCAACUCUAUCAAAUCCAUCAAAUACGUUUGCAAAUAUGUGAACAAAGGGAGCGACAUGGCGGUGUUUGGCAUUGCUGAUCCGAAUGCAAACGACGAGGUGACGAAAUUUCAACUUGGACGCUACGUUAGUUGUAACGAGGCCAUUUGGCGGCUAUUUUCAUUACCGAUUCAUGAACGUUACCCGACUGUCGUGCACUUAUCUGUUCACUUGGAGAACGGCCAGCGUGUCUACUUUACGGACACGAACGCAGCGCAAAGAGCAGAACGGCCACCAGCGACAACGAUUGAUGAUUGGACUUGA